UUCUGGUGCCUUAUUAUAUAUUUGUUAUCUGUUGAUUGAAUUGAAAUGUUGAUGAGAGUAUCCUGUGAAGCUCUCUGAUUGGAUUUGCAUAAUGUCUUUCGAGAGUUUCAAUGAUAUUCAUUGGUGAUUAAUUGUUGUUUGGAGCUUAAAUUCACACAGAUGUCAUGGAUUCCUAAAUCUCUUGGAGUUGCAGGGCUUUUGACAGAUGAAUUGAGGAACUUUUUGGAGCUGAAUCUUCCUAAGGAAGGAGAGAAGCCCAAGUUCCGUCUGGGUGUCGCAGAGCCAAAAAUUGGGUCACAGAUAUCUGAAUUAACCAAGAUUCCUUGCCAAAGCAAUGAGUUUGUCCUGGAAAUCCUUUGUGGUGUACGCUUACAUAUCGAGAGGUUUGUCAAGGACCUUAAGCAAGCCGACUUAGAAAAGGCUCAACUGGGUUUGGAGCAUAGUUACAGUCGAGCAAAGGUCAAGUUCAAUGUUAAUCGAGUUGACAAUAUGGUUAUUCAGGCCAUUUUCCUUCUUGAUACUCUAGACAAAGAUAUCAAUUCCUUCUCCAUGAGAGUCAGGUUUGUUGGCAUUCAAUGUAUAUUUUUUGAAAGCAUAAUUUAGAUUCGUUUUCUUAUUUGGAAACCGCUUGCUACCUUGUGCUGAGUACCUACCAUGGUUACUUUGUCUAUUGUUGGGGAAACGAUUUAACAUGCAUGAAAUCCAUGUCCUCCGUUAGGGGGCAUUUGGCGCAGGGCAUUAGAUGA